UUUUCUUGUCCACCGCCAAAAUUCCUGCCAUCUUCGAGGGGACAACACUUACCUUAUACAGCUAUAAAGAUUUCACUUAUUUGCCUGACUUUGUUUAAGAGGCAUGGGAUAUUUUUCUUUCUUUAUUUAUUUACGUCGAUUUUCUUACAACCAUGUGAUGAUUCUUACGUUUUAAAACUGUUUAUUUUAUGUCCGAAUUGGACGAUGACUCAUAAAAUCCUUGGUUUUAUUAGUUUAAUUUAAGGUCUGAGUUUGUACGGCUAAAAAUGAUUCAAGAGGAGCUAGUAGCUUUGACCAUGAGCCAGUUUCUCAAUUAUUACUACAAAGGAAGGUGUUAAUAAAGAGAAAAAUAUAUGUGAUAUGGUAAAUAAAAACAUUUUGUCUUUACAUUCUGCAAAAUUUCACUAGAUAGUUUUGUUGCCUAACCCUUUUGUUUUUGUUUUUUAUAGCAUUAAUUAUUUUGUUUUUGUUGGGGGAGAUUAUUACGAAACUCACUCCUUUAUUGAUGGUGUUGUGUUUCUCCUUUUUCUUCUGCAACAACCACAGCUAAAACUAAAACCCCCCUGCCUUUCGUUGCCUUUUCUUUUUUCCAGUCUUGAUAUUCUUUUGUUUGUUCAAAAGAAAAAAAAAAAAAAAUUCUCCACCAAAGCAAACCAAAAACCCCAUGUCAGGUUUGUAUAAUCCCAACUUUUCACCUGCAAGAACUGCUUCUCCUCAGAUUAGAAGCACCCCAGAUGUUGACAGUCAGUACUUAUCAGAGUUAUUAGCAGAACAUCAAAAGCUUGGACCUUUCAUGCAAGUUCUUCCAACAUGUAGCCGGCUGUUAAAUCAAGAAAUUUUCCGGGUAUCAGGAAUGAUGUCCAACCAAGGCUUUGGAGACUUCGACAGACUACGGCAUAGAAGUCCCAGCCCCAUGGCUUCUUCAAACCUCUUGUCUAAUGUUGGUGGGACAGGUUUAAGCGGCUGGAAUGGCAUUCCUCAGGAGAGAUUAGGUGGACCUCCUGGAAUGACUAUGGACUGGCAAGGUGCACCUGCAAGCCCUAGUUCAUACACAGUGAAGAGAAUUUUGCGUUUGGAAAUUCCAGUAGAUACCUAUCCAAAUGUAUGUACUUUCAAUUUUGUUGGGCGACUUCUGGGACCUAGAGGCAAUUCGCUGAAACGGGUGGAAGCUACCACAGGUUGCCGGGUGUACAUUAGAGGGAAAGGAUCCAUUAAGGAUCCAGACAAGGAAGAGAAGCUAAGGGGAAGACCGGGCUAUGAGCACCUGAACGAUCCACUUCACAUCUUAAUUGAGGCUGACUUACCUGCCAACAUUGUUGACAUAAGACUCAGGCAGGCACAAGAAAUCAUAGAAGAACUGCUCAAACCUGUGGAUGAGUCACAAGAUUUUAUUAAGAGGCAGCAGCUACGUGAGCUAGCAAUGCUAAAUUCAAAUUUCAGAGAAGAGAGUCCAGGGCCCAGUGGCAGUGUCUCUCCUUUCAAUACAAGUGGAAUGAAACGUGCAAAAACAGGGCGUUGAUGAGAUCUCAUGUGUAUUCCUGUCUGAAUUGGUUUAUAUCAGAAAAUCAUGCCCAGAGUAUGCCAUCCAACACUUCUCAAUUCAGAUAUUAGGCUAACGGUCUUGCUGGUGAGCGUUCUGGUGGUGGUUUCUUUUACAUUUUGUUUCUUCUUUCUCCCAAGACAAAAAAUGAUAACAUUAAAUGAAAAAAAAAGGGAAAAGAAAAAGAAGAAGAAUUACAUAGUGGGUUCUUGAGUUAGGUUUGCGAAGGUCAGUUUUUUGUGUAAAACUUAAUGUAUUCAUUGCAUUUAUUCUUGUGUUAGUAACCUGGAGGAAUGUGAAAUAUAUAUAUAUUUAUAUAUACACAUGAAUGGUGUAAGUGUUAGGUCUUCUAAGACUUUGGAUCUGAGUUUUGUAGGUGUCAAUUUUUUAUUAAUGGACUUUAUAUUUGGAAUGAUGCAGAACAAAAUUAGCAAA